AUGAUAACCAGAACAGCCAUCCUCAGCUCAUUGCUCUUCGCCAGCGGUGCUUUCGCCCAUUGUCAAUUGGCUUGGCCAUUCCCUCUUCAUUCACCGCUCAACCCUGCUACACCUGAAGCUAUCAAGGAUUACUCCAAUACGAGUCCGUUGAUCACUGAUGGUACUUAUCCUUGCAAGGGAUUCAUCAACAACCCUUCCUCAGAUAUGGGUUCAGUCGCUACCUUCUCUGCUGGAUCAUCCAUGAACUACACCAUUGCAGGAACAGCUACACACGGUGGAGGAUCAUGUCAGAUAUCCAUGUCGUAUGAUCAAGGUUCAACAUGGAACGUCAUAUAUUCUCAAGUUGGCGGAUGUUUAGUCGACGGAAUGACGACAACCAUCACUAUUCCUUCCGAAGCACCGAAUGGAGACGCUUUGUUCGCUUGGGGAUGGUUCAACAGACAAGGUAACAGGGAGAUGUACCACAACUGUGCCUCUGUCACCAUCACCAAUGGAGGAUCAGGUCUCAAUUCCAACGAUUACCCUACGCCUUUUGUCGCCAAUGCCAAUGUCAACCAAUGUAAGACCAUCGAAGGUAUAGAUGUAGUUUUCCCCAACCCCGGUAAAAACGUCAAUUACGGUGGAAGUUACGCUUCGACUAAACCUACUACUCCAGCUGGAUUUACCGGGUCGAACUGUGUUGGACCAGGUGCGACUGAAAGUUCCCCUUCUUCAGCUUCAGCUUCAGCUUCUACCACAAGUUCGUCUCAAGGUGUAGCCGUCUCAGCUUCUAUCGGUGUCCAAGUUGGAAAUGGUCAAUCGACUUCUGCCUCUGCUGUUGCCGCUCAACCAUCCACUACUGAAUAUUCCCUUUCUCUCGACCCAACUACCACUUCUCUGACUGGUAUAAACAAUAACAAUGCUGCUCAACCUUCAACUUCAGCUACCACCUCGACAUGUAAGCGACGAAAGAGGAGAUCUAAUUCUGAUUCAGUUGAAAGGAGACAUCAGAGAUUGAUCAGAAGACCUAGAGCAAACCAAGCGACAGGUCGUGUAGCUGCUUCCAAGGCUGAGCAUGUUAAUCGUCAGAAGAAAAGAGGUACCGGUCGAGUAGCUGCGAUGAAAGCUACUCAUAAUGUAUAA